CAUGCAUCAAGGCAGCCCAGCACUCUCUGUACCAGGCAACGUUAACCGCGCUGCUGCUGUUGCCGCAACUGGAAAGCAUGCCCUUACCCUUUCACCAUCAACACCUCACCUCUUCCACCUCACAGCAUAAUGCUCAACAGUCGCAUUUGCCAUUGGGUACCGCUUCUGGUGUUCUACAAGCAACUCAGUCUCUAGGCUCUGUCGCAGCACCUCAAUCCCUCUCUCAAAGCGCAGCUCCCGACCGCCUCUACGCUUCCAGUGGGAAUCCUUCGCAUUCGACCUCUGGAGGAUAUAAACACACCUCGCUCUCGACCUCCUACGGCCACGCUUCCAACGGCUCGUCCUCAUAUACCGCCCCAAGAAGCGCAAACGCGGCCGUAACCCCGCUAUCUAGUGGCCCUCCGCGGACUCGACACGCAGACUCACAGCAGACGAGUGCAGGCGCCGGCGCAGGCAGCAUGGCUUCUCAGAGAGGCGCCUUAUCUCCACGAGAUUACACUCCAGCGGGGCCCCGAAUUGGAAUCGAGCAAUCGACUUCAGAGGCAGGCCAGUAUCACAGUGGGAUUGGGCAAUUGCCGGGAUCCCUACAGCCCGGUCGACCAGCGCCAAUAUCUGCAAACACAGCUCCCUCCGGCCCUACUGCAAAUUCCAACAUGUCACAAGAGCAAUACCCAACUCCCUCACGGUCGAGUGGACUGGGCCUCUCUCACAAUUACACGCGAUCGAGUCCAGCAGGCUUCGAUGGGCAAGGCUAUGCGCCAUACGGCUCUACAACGCCUGGGGUCAACGACUACACGUCCCCAACAUCCAAAUAUACCCCUCAAAAUGCGCAACGCACCGUCUCCAAUACCCCUCUAGGCCUCGCAGAUAUUCGUCCCCGCGCAGACUCUGGCCAGUCAGACGGCCCAACUGGAGCAAAUCCUUAUUCAUAUGACGGCGCAAAUGCGGUGCCCACGAACAGCAAUUAUCUAGCACCAUGGGCCAUCUAUGCGUUUGACUGGUGCAAAUGGCCCGCUCAAGGUCGGGAUGGAGGAAAGGUAGCUGUUGGAAGUUAUCUGGAAGACGGCCAUAAUUUUGUAAGCGACCCCGUCUUCCUCUGGUUGUGCUGAGCUUAUAAAUUCUUGUCAUAGAUUCAAAUUCUCGACUCCCAGAUUACACCCCAACAAUCCGAAUCGUAUACGCCGGGUGCUCAAAAACUGGGCUUGGACUUCGUGAAGAUUGCCGAAGCGACCCAUUCAUAUCCAGUCACUCGUUUACUAUGGGAACCGCCUUCUUCGCAGAAACAAUCCACCGAUCUUCUUGCUACAUCCGGAGACCACUUAAGACUGUGGUCGCUACCUUCAGAAACGCCGCUUGCCUCCCCAGGGAAUUCGAUAACUCGUUCAGCGAACCACGGACGCGAUCAACCAACUAGCAAGCUCACUCCUUUGGCCCUUCUCUCCAACUCGAAAACACCUGAACAUACCGCCCCACUGACUUCUCUCGAUUGGAAUACCGUUUUGCCAAGCUUGAUAAUCACCUCUAGCAUUGACACAACCUGCACAAUCUGGGAUAUACCCACGUUGACUGCAAAAACGCAGUUGAUUGCGCACGAUAAGGAAGUUUUUGAUGUGCGGUUCUGUGCCAACAGUGUGGACGUUUUCGUCAGCUGUGGUGCGGAUGGUAGUGUUAGAAUGUUUGAUCUGCGAAGCCUGGAACAUAGCACAAUUAUUUACGAACCUACUGCCAAGGAUGAUAAAGGUAUUGCCCCGCACCCAGUUCUUGAAUGACGUUUAAUACUUACAAAUUUGUAGAUGCAAGUCCUGGAGGUGGAAGGAUAAGUCCUACCUUAGCACAACAGACAAUGUCUUAUGCCCCACCACUUUUGAGACUGGCUGCUUCACCACAUGAUACCCACCUUCUUGCUACUUUCUCACAAGAUUCCAACAUUAUUCGUAUACUUGACGUACGACAACCCGGUCAGGCAUUACUGGAGCUCAGAGGACACUCUUCAUCGGUAAAUUGCAUUGAGUGGUCACCAUCUCGCAGAGGAACUCUGGCUUCUGGAGCAGAUGAUUCGCUAGUUCUCAUUUGGGAUUUGCUGAGUCAAAGUACUUCUCAUGCAUCUCCUGCACCAGCUUUGAACGGAGCGCCAGCGCCAGAUAAUAGUCGAGGGCCUGCUUCAGCAUGGCAAUGCGAUUACGAAGUUGGCAAUAUCAGCUGGGCACCACACAGUGGCCUCAAAGGCGACGGGUCGGAAUGGCUAGGUGUCAGUGGCGGCCGAGGAGUUUGGGGGGUAAAGAUGUGAAGGAAUCAAUCUCAUGUUUUUGAUGAUUUGAUGACGAUCUUCUGGCACUACAAGCGAGCGAGCAAAAGAGAAAAGAAGAUCUAUAAAUGGGAAAAAUGGAGCGUUCACGUUAAACACACUCAUAUAUUCAUUCGUAGUCUAGCUGGGCGUUUUCCGGGGAAUCGCUUGAAGUUCUUCAUCUUCAUAUUUGCUAUCACCCCGAUGGAUGGUAAUAGAAGCUGCUACGUGAAUCUCGUAACGCUGAAGAUCUGUUGGGAAUGGGACCUCUGUGCAAAAACAUCCUACAUUUAAUUAAUUUCUUGGGCGGGGAAAGGGAGGCAAUGAGGAAAGGAAAGGAAGGCGGGUAGGGGUGGACGGACUGGGAUUGAGGAUUGAGGAUUACGUGCAGCUGGAUGAGAUAUGAACGAAUGCAAAUCAACUAGAAGGGAAACCUUUUACCUAGCCACCCAGCUACUCUUUGUCUGCUCUUUACUGCUCCGUGUUGUAUUAUACAUGGGGAUUAGCGUGGCAGGAUUGAGAUAGAAGAGGAUAAAUAUUUACUACAUUCCUCUUUCGGUGACGAGAGUAGAAGAGGGUGGCACUUGGUACAGCUUGUUGAUUCUUAAGUAGGAAUGACCUACAACCCC